AAGGGGAGCGUCUCGCAGGUGCCAGGGAGAGCAACCCAGGAGCUCAGCUCGCUGCCUCCCAGCUACCCCGGCGGGAGGAACUAAAAGCCGCGCGGAACUAAAAUCCUGACGGAAACAGGAGCCAGCGGACAGCGGAAGGAAGCGCCCACCGGAAGCCGCCCCGAGAUCCGAACAUGGCGACCGUCCGGUCCCUGCACUGGAGUCUGAGACGAGUCGGGGCCUGGCUGCUCCCGCCGCCCCCGCGCUGUCCCCAGCGGGCUCUGCACAAGCAAGCAGAGGGCACCGAAUUCCAGAGCAUCUACAGCCUGGACAAGCUCUACCCGGAAUCCCGGGGCUCGGACACCGCAUGGAGGGUGCCGGCUGAAGCACAGCAGGGCAGGAACGACAUUCCUCUGGAUCGUUUGACGAUAUCUUAUUGUCGGAGUAGUGGUCCUGGGGGCCAGAAUGUUAACAAAGUGAACUCCAAGGCUGAAGUCAGGUUCCAUUUGGCAACUGCCGAAUGGAUCGCAGAGCCCGUGCGGCAGAGGAUCGCCGUCACGCAUAAAAAUAAGAUCAACAGGUCAGGAGAGUUGAUACUCACCUCUGAAUGUAGCCGCUACCAGUUCCGAAAUCUGGCAGAUUGUCUCCAGAAAAUUCGAGACAUGAUUGCUGAGGCCAGCCAGCCAGCGAAGGAGCCAUCCAAAGAAGACGCUGCACUACACAGAAUCAGAAAACAUGAAUCGGGAAAGGCUGAGGAAAAAGCGAGUACAUUCUGCCCUAAAAACAGACAGGAGAGUGGGUAUGGAUUGAAAUCCUCCUCCAGAGCCGGCGUGGCCCUCUUCAGGGGGUCCAGGCUGCCACAGCCGAGAGCAUGAAUAGCAUGGGGGGGGGGGGGGGUGGUGUGUGUGUGUGUGUGUGUGUGUGUGUGUGUUAACACCUGUCUUUACCAUUGGCGCCGCCACGAGAAUGUUCAUCUGGAAGGAGGGUUGCAGGCCCUGGUUGCAGAGGUCUUCAUAGGCAAUCACCUGUUGUCAAACCUUAAUUACUCGUUUAAUAUAUGAGCUGCAUUAAAACUCCGCAAGAAAUGCA